UUGGAGGGAAGCAAUGCAUCAGUUCUGUCAUCCAUAACUGUGUCAUUUGUCGGAAACUUCGAUGGAAGACAGAAACACAAGAAAUGGGGGACCUUCCAAAAGACCGUCUCAGUACCCAGCCUCCUUUCUCCUACGUAGGCCUUGAUAUAUUUGGACCUUGGAGUGUUACUGCAAGACGUACUCGUGGAGGACACAGCAGCAGUAAACGAUGGGCCGUCCUUUUCAGCUGUAUGAGCACCAGAGCCAUUCAUAUUGAGCUGGUGGAGUCCAUGGAUGCCUCAAGUUUUAUCAAUGCACUGAGACGAUUCGUUUCCAUUCGGGGACCAGUGAAGCAGUUCAGGUCUGACUGUGGAACCAACUUCGUGGGCGCAUGUAAAGACCUUGGCAUCAGUUCCACCCACUGCAACAGUGCAAAGAUCCAGAACUUCUUGACUGAACACGAGUGCACCUGGGUCUUUAAUCCCCCUCGAGCCUCUCACAUGGGGGGCAGCUGGGAACGUCUCAUUGGGGUGACAAGACGCAUACUUGACUCCAUGUUGAUGAACAUCUCAUCAAGACAGCUUUCCCAUGAAGUGCUGUCAACCCUCAUGGCAGAAGUAACUGCUAUUGUCAAUUCACGACCCCUAAUUCCGGUCUCUACUGACCCCAGCUUUCCUUCUAUCUUGACGCCCGCGACUCUGCUUACUCAGAAGGUUGCUGUACCAGCUGCUCCGGCUGGGGAGUUUGAAGAGAGUGAUCUGUACAGACGACAAUGGAGACAGGUUCAACAUCUGUCCGAGGUUUUUUGGCAUCAAUGGAAGAAUCAAUACCUCUCUACCCUACAGAGUCGCAGGAAGUGGUGCUCCAAGAGGCCUAACUUGCACAUUGGAGAUUUGGUGCUGUUAAAGGACAGUCAGCUUCAACGGAACCAAUGGCCUGUGGGAGUCGUGACCAACACCUUUGCAAGUCAGGAUGGCAAUGUCAGAAAGGUGGAAGUGAAGAUUGCUUCUGGAGGAGAGUGUAAAACCUUUUUGAGGCCCAUAACGGGAACAGUGCUCUUGUUGCCACAUGCCAAGGACAGAACAGUUGAAAAGUGAACUUGGCAUGACAUCUAAAGAUGUCAGACGGGGAAUGUGCUGGAUAGGAUUACUCCUCACCAGCAGAGGGCGCUGCAUUGUUCUGGAGUGAGAAGUUCAAUGACUGUAGCCAAUAGGGGGAGCUCAAGCUCAUCAACAGGAAGUUCCACCCUCAUGUUCACUUCAGUCUACAGAUGGCCAAGGAAAAGACAGAAUCUAAGCCCAUCCUUGUUGUUGCUCACAGAAAGCAUUGUUUUUUACUCUUUGUACUUGUGGAGCACGUCCAAAUUAAAGGGACAAACGCAUGUCACGUGUGCAAGAGUCAUCUGUCUGCAUAGCUGCACCCCGGUGUGAUAGUGAGGGCAGAACAGCCAUCAUCCACAAAGAUCUGCCAUUUUGGGGAAUGCUUCAACCAGUAACUUCGAAAUCUGUAUUUAUAACAAGUAAUAAUAUAUUUCUCUAAAUACAAUUAAAGAGACAACUUAGCAAAAUAAAAAAGAAAGAUAACUAUACCUCUGUAUGAUUAGAGUCCUCUGGGAGACACACACUUUGCCUCCCCAUGCCAGCUUGAAGGAGUUAAAGUUCCUCAGAGGGCAGGGGUGUGUAAGAGGUGUUUUUGGGUAGUAGAUAAAAACUAAGUGAUACCGUCUUGCUUUGUUUCUUUAGAUAAACUUUUGGAGUCAGACAUCUCUUUUUUCCACGAGCAAAUGUCGGCUUAAAGUAUCCAGGAAAAGAUCUGUGAAAAAAAAUUAGUAAAGAAACACAAAUUGUGAAAUUAAAUAUCAAUUAGAUGCAAUAAAUGAUUAAGGUGAUUAACUUUUUUAGAUACAUUUUUUUAAAGGAAAUACAUUGACAUUUAUAGAACUCAAAAAAGGAAAUAUAUAUAUAUAUAUAUAUAUAUAUAUAUAUAUAUAAUUUUUUUUCUUUAUUUUUUUAAAGUACACAUAAGAAAGUAUAAACGACACACAGUAUUAAUUAAAAAGAUACUUACUUUCCGUUCUUGCGCUACGCUCAUUGACCGUUAAACAUGGCAGCUCUUGGCCGGUUGGGGUCCUGUCUGAAUGCACGGCACUUUAUUGGAUAGAAUCUAGACCAAUCAGGAGGCUGGCACAAAUGUAACACUGAGAAAAAAAGUUAAACGCAAAGCCAAAGAUGGGGUGAAUGGAAGAUGAGCCACUACGCAUCUAAAAACGUUUGUUCGCAACUUUUUUUUUUGUCCUGACACACACAAAAAAAAGUUGCAAAGGCAAAAAAAAAAAAAAAAA